GAUCCGCCUGACUUUAGUCAGUCACGUAUUUAAGCAGAUUGACUAACGAACGAGACAUUUUCCUCUCUUCAAGUUCGGAUUGAAUAGACGAUGAAAGCAAUACACGUAAUCACCAUCGUCUUCGUGGCAUCUUGGAUCGUCGUUAUCGCGGACAGGGAUUUCGAUCAAGAUAAAUCUCAAUCUAUUCGGGAAAAAGCUUUAGACGAAAUUCCCACAGAAUGCCCACUUCGUGACACAAAUGACACGGUCCAUCUCGCGCACGAAACCGAUUGCACAAAGUUCUACAAGUGUUCUUGGGGUAAAAGAUAUCUGUUUGAUUGUCGUUGGAAAAACGACGAGGGAAAAGAGAUAAUAUUGCAUUUCAAUAAAUGGACACAAAACUGCGACUGGCCAUGGGAGGCCGGUUGCAUCGACUGUCCCGGAAAUGAGAAGAAUGGUUAUCCAUCGGUUAAGAUAUCUCAUGAAAUCAACAAUACUUGUACUCAAUACUAUCAAUGCAUAAAUGGUGAGAAGCAGCUACGUUAUUGUUCCAGCGGAUUGUGCUUCAGCGCCACAUGCCAAGAUUGUGUUCUAAGCCGGACGGGUGGAAAUUGCAAUUAAUUAUUAUAAAGGAUAUAGGAAACUUUAUUAAAUCAUAUGUCCGUACAGCGUAAAUGUUUCCUUCGUUCUAUGUAAAUAACACUUCGGAAAUCUUUCCGAUUGGUACAAGAAAAUUAAUUUUGAUUGCAGAAUAAAGGAAGAAUAAAAAGUAAAAAAAAA